CGGCUACAGCGGAAUCUGUAUCGUCGACAGUGGCCAUCGACAUAUUCAUCUGUAUUCAUCUCUGUAAAAUCGUAGAAGGUUGAGCUUCUUUGCUGACGCCGUUAGUGGUGUACUUAUUGAAAGUUUUUUGUGUAAAGGUAUUCAGAGAUUUUGUUGGAGUAAGGAUUCGACAUGUUGCAAACUCUUCGUGAACGCUCGCAAAAACGUAAAAAAUUACUGGCCCAAACGCUUGGUGUUUCUAGCGUUGAUGAGCUAAGACAAAUUCUGGGUACAGAUAUUGAUGAAGCACAGAAGAAGAAAGGAAAGAUUCACACAAAUAAGUUGGAUGAUGAAGCAAAGGAUAUCAGAGACAAUACUGUACCUGCUGAUGAAAUAGUUUAUAAGGAUUCCUCCACAUUUCUAAAAGGAACUCAGUCAUCAAAUCCACACAAUGAUUACUGUCAACACUUCAUUGACACUGGUCAACGACCACAGAAUUUUAUCAGAGACGUGGGUUUAGCUGAUAGAUUUGAAGAAUAUCCAAAACUGAGGGAACUAAUAAAACUCAAAGACGAUUUAAUAUCAGAGACAGCAACACCACCAAUGUACCUAAAAACCAAUCUUCUCUCGUACAACUUAAAGGAGCUAAACUGUAAGUUUGAUGUGAUCCUCAUCGAACCACCUUUAGACGAAUAUCAAAGAACUUGUGGAGCAACAAAUGUACAGUUGUGGAAUUGGGAUCAGAUAAUGGAGUUGGACAUAGGUGAAGUAGCAGCCAAUCGAAGUUUCGUAUUUUUAUGGUGUGGAAGUAGCGAUGGUCUCGACAUGGGACGUUUCUGUCUUCGCAAAUGGGGCUUCCGACGUUGUGAGGAUAUUUGUUGGAUUCGUACAAACAUUAACAAUCCAGGUCACAGCAAGAACCUCGACAGCAAGGCAGUUCUCCAAAGGACAAAGGAACAUUGUUUAAUGGGUAUAAAAGGAACCGUCAGAAGAUCGACUGACGGAGAUUUUAUUCAUGCCAACGUCGACAUUGAUUUAAUUAUAUCAGAAGAACCAGAAUAUGGAUCCAUAGAGAAGCCAGUUGAAAUAUUUCACAUAAUCGAACAUUUUUGUCUGGGUCGUAGGCGAUUGCAUCUAUUUGGUCGCGACUGUACAAUUCGACCAGGCUGGCUCACGGUUGGUCCUGAGCUGACGAAUACAAAUUUCAAUGCUGAUCUUUACACCAGCUAUUUCAGCAAUAGUCAGAUCACGACCGGUUGCACCGAAAGAAUAGAAGCUCUAAGACCGAAAUCACCGCCACCAAAAGGAAAAGCAUCCGGUCGAGGUCGAGGUGGGUUCAACCGUGGUCGAGGUCGAGGAAGAUAAAUGAUUAAAAAUAUACUAGCCAACAUUUUUUGAAGAUGAAAAACGCCUAUAUUUUAUAAAUAUAUGACGUCCGUCAUGCAACGUAUAGCAGAAGGUAUCAUUUUAUAAAUAUAACUUAAACGUAAAAAUUGUCGUAUAGUUUUAAAAAAAUGUCCAACUUCCAACCACGGUACGUGCAAAAUGUAUCAACAAACGCAGACGAACAAUUAAAGAUUACACUUUAACAAAUAAAAGUUUAACGUAUUUA